GCACGCACACGAAGUCCCUCACUCAUUCCCGGUUCUCUUUAACACUCUCACACUCCGAUAUAAAAUCCUUAUUACAACCCAACAAAUGCACCAACAUUCUCUCCUUGAGAAAUAAAAAAACAAAGAAAAAAAUUUUAAAAAGAAAGAAAAAAAAAUGAAAAUUUUGCAGUUCAAUGAGAGACCUGUGACUCUACUUCUCUUUAUCUUCUUCUUCGUUUCAUCAUAUCUGAAUGUUGUUCUCGCCGGAGAAGAAAACCCAUUUUCCCCCAAGGCCUAUUUGAAUCGUUACUGGAACAAAGAGAUCCGAAACAACUUGGAGAAGCCAUCGUUUCUGCUCUCCAAGGCCUCUCCUUUAACAGCCACGGAUUCCGCCGUUUUCGCCAAGCUUGUUUCCCAGAACUCACUCGCCACGCGCCUGCCGGAGUUUUGCUCCUCCGCCCACCUUCUUUGCUUUCCCGAUUUGGGUCCCAGCCUAGAGAAGCACGACAAGGACUCCAACUUCGCCGCCUACUCCAACAAAAACUUUACCAAUUACGGAACGGAUCGGCAAGGAGGAUCCGACCAGUUCAAGAACUACUCGCCAGGAGACAACAUCCCCGUCGACUCGUUUCGACGUUACAGUCGCGACUCACUGGGUCACUCCGACAAAUUCAACAACUACGCCUCCGAUGGCAAUGUCGUAGACCAGAGCUUCAACACCUACGGUGCCCACUCCAUCGGCGGAGCAGGCGAUUUCACUAAAUACGCCGACUCCGUCAAUGUCCCAAAUCUCAAAUUCACAUCUUACUCCGACGAAACCACCGGUCGGCACCAGACCUUUAAGGGGUAUAGCGAGAAUGCCAACGCCGGAGACCAGUCCUUCGCGAGCUAUUCUAAGAACGCAAAUGGGGCCGAGAACCAGUUCACGGGUUACGGAACGAGCGCCAAUGUGAUUGGGUCUGGAUUCUCGAGUUACGACCAGGCCUCCAAUGGCGGAGGACACACGUUCAUUAACUAUGGAAAUGACAGUAACAAUCCCGUGAACAACUUCAGAAACUACGGCGACGGUGGAAACGCAGUGGAGGAGAAAUUCUCGAGCUACAGAGAUAAAUCCAACGUGGGUGACGACUCGUUCGAGUCGUACGGGAAAGGGUCGAACGCGGAGGGGAUCAACUUCGCCAAUUACGGUAAAUCGUUCAACGAAGGCACGGACAAGUUCACCGGGUACGGAAAGGGAGCAACGGGUCAGUCAAUCGGGUUCAAGAUCUAUGGCGUGAACAAUACAUUCAAGGAGUACGCCAACAAAGAGAAAGUUACAUUCAGUAGCUACACGAAGGUGAGCUCAGGACCAGGCAAGUCUGCAACAACAAUGGCAGUCAGUGGCAGUUUGGUAAAAAAAUGGGUCGAACCGGGCAAAUUCUUCCGCGAGUCGAAUUUAAAGAAAGGGGUUGUGAUGCCAAUGCCGGACAUUAAAGAUAAGAUGCCGGAGAGGUCAUUUCUGCCCCGGGCAAUCACCUCAAAAUUACCAUUUUCGACAUCGAAACUGGGCGAGCUCAAGACGAUGUUCAACGCCGCCGACAAUUCGUCGAUGGAGCGAAUGAUGAAGGAGACGCUGUCCGAGUGCGAGAGGGCACCCAGCGCGGGCGAGACGAAACGGUGCGUUGCAUCGAUUGAGGACAUGAUCGAUUUCACCACGUCGGUAUUGGGACGAAACGUCGUCGUUCGGACGACCGAUAACGUCAAUGGGUCAAAGAAGAACAUCUUGAUUGGUUCGGUCAAAGCGAUCAACGGUGGGAAAGUAACGCAGUCAGUCUCUUGUCACCAGAGCUUGUUCCCUUAUUUACUGUAUUACUGCCACUCUGUCCCCAAGGUUCGGGUUUACCAAGCGGAUAUUUUGGACCCGACUUCUAAGGCCAAGAUCAACCAUGGUGUUGCCAUCUGUCACUUGGAUACCUCUUCAUGGAGCCCUACUCAUGGAGCCUUUCUCUCACUCGGGUCGGGUCCGGGUCGGAUCGAGGUCUGCCACUGGAUUUUCCAGAAUGAUAUGACCUGGGCAGUGGCCGAUUAAUGAUUCACUUCAAACCCUUUUACCCUUUAGCUCUUAUAUCAUUAUCUGAUUUGGGUUCGAACCAAUGGCUUAAGAAAGCUUAGCCUAUGGCUCGACUUCAAGUUAGUCCCAAGUCCCAACCUUUUUAGCAUAUUAAGUAAUGCCUUUUUUGGUUUUGAUUGAUAAGAAAAUUAUUAACUUAUGUUUUUUUUUUUUUGAAGAUGAUUAUGAUAGAGAUAUGAUAUGAUAUUUGGCAAAUUUUAAUCUGGCUUCCUCAAUAAUAGGAAGACCAAUUAAUGCAAGAAUGAUUUAAGCUAAA